AUGGAGAUUCGAGAUCGCGUUUCAGCUCGACUUGUUCCUGAUACUCAAGCUCGCUGCUGUUGUCUACUUGUUCAACCAAGAUGGAUCAAGACAAAGGCUUGCUGUUUUGGUGUUUUUCGCGACAAUGAUUUACCUCCAAGUACAUUGACUCAUGAUCAAUUUGACAGAUACCAAACUGGAGCUCUUCGACCAUUUGUUAGAUGGCUUUCAAGAGUCAUGCAUAGAGCUGCAGCACCACCUCGGCCUCAAAGAAAUGUUGUUAGAGCAGAUAAUGAUCCACCAGCAGCCGCAAGGCCACUUAAUGACAAUGCGGUUCCUGAAGGACAAGGUAGGGAAGAAAACGAAGCAGGGAACCGAGCUAAUGCAAACGAGAAUGAGAACGUGGUUGGUCUUGAAGCAGGGAACCAUUGGUGGGGAAUAGUGAAGGAGAUUCAAAUGAUUGUUUUUGGAUUCAUAACUUCACUAUUUCCUGGCUUCCACAACCACAACAUAGAUUAG